UUGGCCUAAAGCGUAGCGUAGCGUACUGACAACGUUUGCAGAGUUUGAAAGCUCUUAAAAUUUCCGCAGCAAGUGUAUAACAAAAUGUCUUUGGCAGAUGAGCUGCUUGCCGACCUUGAAGAGAUAGAUGGCGACGACGAUGAUAGGAGAAUUGGGGAGGGAAAUGACUUGGAACCUGAACAUGGGAUGGAAACUGACGAGCCAGAUGACAAAAUGGUCACAACUGGGUCUGUGACAACAGUAGCAAAGUUAAGGGACAGUGAUCGAUUAAAAAAUGUAUUAGGGAAAAUGGAAGAAUUUUUGCAAAAUCCUAGAUCUAGAGAGUCUGUUUUGGGGCCUGUUGAAAUGGACCCAGAAUAUUUGUUGAUUGUUGAAGCAAAUAACUUGACAGUGGAAAUAGACAAUGAACUAAUGAUUAUACACAAGUAUUGUAGAGAUCAUUAUUCUAAGCGAUUUCCAGAGCUUGAGUCACUUGUGCCAGGGGCUUUGGAUUAUUUAAACACAGUCCAUGCCCUUGGAAAUGACUUAGAGGCAAGCAAAAUUGAAGGUUUGGAAUUCUUGCCGGCUGCGACUAGAAUGGUUGUCAGUGUAACUGCAUCUACAACUCAGGGAGAGAUACUUGAUCAGACUGAAGUCAACCGUUUGGACGAGGCCUGUCUAAUGGCAAUAGACCUUACUGAUGCAAAGAUAAAAAUUUUCCAAUAUGUUGAAUCAAGAAUGUCAUUCAUUGCACCAAAUUUAUCGACUAUUAUUGGUGCCCCCACUGCUGCUAAAAUAAUGGGAAUUGCAGGAGGGCUUACUGUGUUGUCCAAAAUGCCAGCCUGCAAUAUUCUUCUUCUUGGAUCUCAAAAGAGGACACUAAGUGGAUUCUCUUCUACAAGCAUCCUCCCUCAUACUGGUUUCAUUUACUUUAGUGAUCUUGUACAGGGUGUACCCCCUCAUUUAAGAAGAAAAGCAAGUAGGUUGGUUGCAGCAAAAUGCUGCUUAGCUGCAAGGAUAGACAGUUUUCAUGAUAGCUUAGAUGGUAGCCUAGGCCAAAAGUUUUUAGAGGAAAUAGAGAAAAAGUUGGACAAAAUGAUGGAGCCACCCCCAGUUAAAGAGGCAAAGGCUCUUCCAAGACCUGAUGACCCUGUUAGACAAAAAAGGGGAGGAAGAAGAGUCAGGAAAAUGAAGGAAAAAUUUGCAGUGACUGAAAUGAGGAGGCAAGCAAAUAGGAUGAAGUUUGGUGAACUAGGUGAAGAUGUUUAUCAAACUGAUAUUGGAUAUGGCAUUGGUGCAUUAGGAAAAGAUGGAAGUGGAAAAGUUAGAAAUCCUGCAAUGGACAAAAAGACCCAAGUGUCAAUUUCCAAGAGGUUGCAGAGAAAUCUAGCUGCAAUGGGACAGUCAUAUGGUGGCAAGUCAACUGUAAGAGGACAGAUGUCAGUACGAAAUCAGAUAUCAGCCAAAAGCCAAGUAGCAGGCACUGCAUCCAGUGUAGCUUUUAGUGCUGUUGAUGGUCUAGAAAUUGUCAACCCACAUGCAGCAGAGAAACGAGCACAGGAAGCAAAUGCAAGAUACUUUUCUAAUCAGUCAGGGUUUCUCAAUGUUGAUAAGAAACCAAAGAAAUGACAGAUUAAAAAUCUUCUUGCUUCCUUUUGUACAUUCUAAUAGUAACGUAUUUACCAAAAGUUGUGUUUCAUAUCUUUCUGCAAAAUAUUUGGGUACUUAGAUUUCAA